AUGGCAUCGCACGGCUUUGCUUUAUCUGCUCAUGAUAUAAAAAAGCUUGCAUAUUCUUUUGCGAUCCAACAAAAUAUUCCACAUAAUUUUAAUACCGAACGAAAAAGGGCAGGUCAAGAUUGGUUUCUCACCUUCAUGAGACGACAUCCUGAACUGGCAGUUCGUAAGGCUCAAGGAAUGUCUACUGCCAGAGCCAAAGGCAUGACGAGACAAGAAUGUACCCAAUAUUUCGAACUACUAGGAAACGUUUUGACAGAAAAUAAUUUAUUAAAUAAGCCUCAAAACAUGUUUAAUCUCAAUGAAACUGGAUUGCAGUUAAAUAAUAAUCCAGGCAAAGUUGUAGUAACUAAAGGCACUAAAAUGGUAAACUGUAUCACGAGUGCUGAAAAGGGAGAAAACUAUUUCCGUUAUAACGCGUGUAAACGCAGAAGGCAGUUUUUUCCCACCCUGCUGUGUAUUCAAAGGGAAAAAAUAAAAAAAAAGGAAUUGAAGAUGGUCUACCACCUGGAGGAAAGAACCUGUGGGAUUUACCCUUUUAAUCCCGAAAAAAUUCCCGAUUAUGCUUUUACCAUUAACGACGAACCAUCAGCUGAAGACGAACACAACCCACAAGACAUUCUCAGUGAGGAGCAAAACGACCACAGACCAGGUAGUGUCAUUGCAGUCAACAACCCCGAAAAUAGAAACCCCUUUGAAGCAAUUUCACCGGUUCCAUGCGUGGAACCAGGACCAAGUGGCUAUAGACGAAAACAACAUGCCGAAAUACUAACUUCGCCAGAAACAAUUUGCGCAAAACCAGCAAUGGAAGAAGUAAAAAGAACAAAAUUAAAACAAAAAGAAGAACGGAAAAAAAACGCAAAGUAUUGUUGA